AUGUCGAUAACGUUGUCGCCGAGCAAGGUGAAAGAGCUCAAAGAGUUCGUCGACAAAUACCGUAACUACCAGUUGGACCCCAAGACGACCGAACCGUACGCCAGGCAACGGGCCAAGUUCGAGACGUCCAAGUGUUUCUACAAGCGAUGGCUGAAAGUGUCCAAGGCCGCGUACUUGGCCGAAUUGGCGGCGCCCAAACCGGUACGCCUUCAGCCGUGGCCGAAUCCGCAGUUCCAGACCACACUGCCGAUACCGGUGUCGCGGGCGGCGUUGGCCGCUUCGCCCACCCGGAGGCUGAUCGAACUGGCCAAGCCGAAACGGAAAAACCCGAAAUUCCAGCCGUUCAGGAGCGGCAGGCCGAAGAGACGGCACGGCGGCGGUUGGUCGGGCAAACAGCCGUUGGCGGACGGCAAGUACUUCCCGAGGACGGCCAACCUGUCCAAGCCCAAGCCCAAGGUCAGGUACGUGCACGUCGGCUGCCUGCGGACGGAAUACCCGACGCAGAAAUACUACAGGCCCAAGCGGUACGCCAUCAGGAACAUGGACGACUGGAACGAGCACAUCAAGUGGCUGCGCAAGAACGCGAUGCCCAGGAGGAAGUUCAAGCGGCCCGCCCCCAAGAGGGCGGCCAUACAAAUGCAGCCCAGCCAGUACAUGGAAAUGUUGAACCGCCUCACUUACAAGCCCAGCCACAAGAAGGUGGCCAAGAAGAAGCCCGUCCGCGCGUACGAGCCCAGGCCCCCCGGCCAAAUCGUACCGCUGCCGUUCGAGUGGAUCCAGAGGCUGUCGAAACCGAGAAAACUGGCGUCCGAGACCAGGCUGAACUUGGAAUACGACCCGGCCGUGAUUCCCCGGGGCGCUUUGAGGGCGGUGCCCAGCAAACGCACCCAGCAGCUUGCCGAGCCCAAGAUAAGGUCCAGAAAGGUCGACACCGAGCACAACGAGAACGCGUUCAAAGUGUCGCCGUUGGCCCUGAAGUAUAGAAUUACCAAACGCAUUAAAGCGCUGUCCAAACCGCGUGUGCGCAAGUGA